AUGCCAAAAAGCUAUACUCCCGUUCACGAUUCCAUCCCCGAGGAAGAUCACUUCUCCUCUGACGACGAAAGCAACUUCCGGCUCCAUCGUAUAGACAGAUCUGCUUCUCGCUCACAGUCUCCGAAAGAGAAUGAAGGCGAACCGUCCAUUCUCGCUCCGCUCGUCCGCAAAUCUACGGACUUCGAGACAUACUUGGACUCCCUCACCGAAGACGAGCAACAACUGCUUUCUGCCUCUAAAGACCAUGACAUAGAAGAUCUUGAUCGGUUUGGCGAUGGCACUGCUGCUGCGCGCCGGAGAUUUUCCGAGUCAAAGAAGCGGAGGAAGCUGCUAGCGAAGCGCGGCGGUUGGCGCGCGGUUUACUAUUCUAAAACUUGGUGGCGCACGCUGGUCGUCGUCAUCAUUGCCCUGGGAUUGUUGGUUUGGGGGUUUUUGAAAUACGCUUCUACUCGCGGUGAUAUUUGGGAGGAAUAUGAUAUGCCCGGACCUGACUCGUACUUUCCCACGCCCAAGGGAGGCACGCUCAAACAUUGGGCGGAAAGCUACGAGAAAGCGUCAAAGCUAGUUGAGCGAAUGACAUUGAUUGAGAAGGUCAAUAUCACGACGGGAACGGGUUGGCAGAUGGGGAUAAACUCAAAGCUAACCAUAUCAGGCCCCGCCGCACUCGUCGGGUUUCCGUCGUUGUGUCUACAAGAUGGCCCCCUCGGAAUCCGUUUCGCAGACCAUAUCACCGCUUUUCCCGCUGGAAUCACCACAGGCGCGACAUGGAACAGGGACUUGAUGCGCCAGCGCGGUGCUGCCAUCGGACUGGAGGCCCGUCUGAAAGGAGUGAAUGUCAUUCUUGGUCCUUCCAUGGGCCCCCUUGGUAUGAUGCCAGCUGGUGGGCGCAACUGGGAAGGCUUUGGGUCGGAUCCUGUUCUUCAGGCGGUCGCUGCUGUGGAGACUAUCCAUGGAAUUCAGAGCAAUGGUGUUAUGGCUACAGCCAAACACUACAUAAUGAAUGAGCAAGAGCACUUCCGCCAGCCCAACGAAUGGGGCAUCCCAUACGCUCUUUCCUCUAACAUCGAUGACCGCGCUUUGCACGAGGUGUUUCUUUGGCCGUUCGCUGAAAGUAUCCGCGCGGACGUGGCUAGCGUCAUGUGCUCUUACAAUCAAGUAAACAACUCCCAUGCAUGCGAAAAUAGCAAACUCUUAAACGGCAUUCUCAAGGACGAGCUUGGAUUCCAAGGUUUUGUACAGUCGGACUGGCUCGCUCAGCGAUCAGGCGUCAACAGCGCUUUGGGUGGUCUUGACAUGAGUAUGCCUGGCGAUGGUCUUCACUGGGCAGACGGCCGGUCACUAUGGGGUAGCGAACUCACCCGCGCCGCACUCAAUACUUCCGUUCCCAUGGAGCGCUUAAACGACAUGGUGACGCGGAUUGUGGCCGCCUGGUAUCAGCUGGGCCAGGAUUCUUGGGAGAGCCCAGCUCCUGACGGCGAUGGCGGUCCUAACUUCUCAUCCUGGACGGACGAUGAGUUUGGCUUCCGGUAUCCCGGCAGCCCGGGUGAUACGUCCGCUGCUCGCGUAAAUCGGUUCAUUGAUGCACAGGGUAGGGGAGAAGAAGGCCACUGGAACAUUGCCCGAAAGGUUGCAGCGGAGGGCAUCGUUCUGGUCAAGAACGUCGGUGGCGUCUUGCCUCUGUCUCGUUCACCUAGGGCCAACGCUGAGAGGCCUUAUCGGGUUGGCGUAUACGGGGACGAUGGCGGUCCCGCCGCUGGUCCCAACAUCUGCACCGACCGAGGGUGCAACUCAGGGACUCUAGCAAUGGGCUGGGGUAGUGGCACCGUCGAAUUCCCAUACCUAAUCAGCCCGAUCGAUGCCUUGCAGGGCGCAUGGCAAAGCGAUGUUCAGAUGACGCCGUAUUUACGAAAUGCGGUGAUGCCUGCAGACACGUCGGACAAGGAUCUCUGCCUCGUCUUCGUCAACGCUGACUCCGGCGAAGGCUAUAUCUCCGCUGGCGGUAUCCACGGGGACCGCAACAACUUGUUCCUCCAAAAGGGUGGUGAUACUCUUGUCCAUACCGUCGCCACCAACUGCGGCGGUCCAACCGUCGUGGUCGUGCACGCCGUUGGUCCCGUCAUUGUUGAACCCUGGAUUGACCUCCCCGGAGUCCAAGCCGUACUCUUCGCCCACCUUCCUGGAGAAGAAAGCGGCAACGCCCUUCUGGACGUCCUAUUCGGUGAUGUUGACGCCAGCGGCCGCCUCCCCUAUACCGUCGGCAAAAGCCUUGAAGACUACGGUCCCGGCGCGCAAGUUCUGUACGAACCCAACGCCCCCGUCCCGCAGGUCGACUUCUCCGACGCUCUUUACAUCGACCACCGUUACUUCGACCGCAACAACAUCAACCCCCGCUAUGAAUUCGGCUUCGGUCUCUCCUACACGAAAUGGGAACUCACAAACAUGAAGAUAACCCGCCUUCAACGGAACCCUUCGCGUCUCCCCGCUGCCCGCCCCCCGGACGCCGUAGCACCACCCUCCUACGAUGCAAAUCCUCCACUCGCAAACGAGUCUGUCCUCUUUCCACCUGGCUUCCGCAUCCUCUCAAAGUACAUUUACCCCUACCUUCCUACUCUCGAAGCCACGACUCCUCCCCCUCCAAACCCAGAAGCCAGCGGCAGCGCUACCGACCAAAAACCCCACCGCACCAAACCCUCCGACGCAGGCGGCGGGGCCGGCGGAAACCCUUCCCUUUACGAAGAGGUUGCACGCAUUGACCUAACGGUCCAGAAUACCGGCACACGGUCCGGCCAACAAGUGAUCCAACUCUACGUCUCCUUUCCCCACACCGUCACUGAAUCAUCGGGUCAGAAAAGUCAUGAAAACAUUGACUUCCCCGAUCGUGUUCUGCGUAAUUUCACGAAGAUUUCGCUGGCGCCGGGGCAAAAAAUGGAUGUGAAUAUGACUCUUACCAGGAAAGAUCUGAGCUACUGGAGUGUGCGUGAGCAGAAUUGGGUGCUGCCGAAGGAUGAGUUCUAUUUUUGGGUUGGCUACAGUUCAAGAAACCUGCCAUUGGGUAAACCUUUUGAUCCAUGA